AUGGCUGCGAAAUAUACCAAGCCCAAGGCCCAGUACUCUUGGUUACCAGACGAGGACAAGUCACUGUUGCAGAGUGACAAUGACAGCAGAGAGCUUGACAUGGGGCAAGCGACUGUCCGUCUAAAGAAAAGGCUCCUCAUAUCAACCAUCUGCAACGCAAUAUCGUUGCUACUGUUCAUCGGUAUCGGCGUUGCCCGCCUCCACGACAGCCGUCCUAUUCACGAUCAACUCGACCUUGAGCCCAGUAUUCAAAAGAUCAACGGCACCUUGUUCCCCAGCAACGCCCCGUCCAUAGCCCGUGAACUGCCAAACCCAGCUGCCGAUCAAGUCUGGGAAGAAUGGGAGCUGACACGAGUUUUGCCCAUUACCAAAGACCAAGUCAUCAAGAUGGGAAAAGACCCCGCAUAUACCGCCAAGUUGGAGGACGACAUAUGGGGCCUAGGAGACGACGCCUACGCCGGCGUGUUGGACGUGUACCACCAGCUUCAUUGCCUCAACUCCCUGCGGCAAAUUGCCUACGGGGCGUAUUAUAACGCGUCAACCGUUAAUCCGAAAGUCGCGAGGCUGCCGGAGAUUCACGUCAAUCAUUGCGUGGAUAUUCUGAUGCAAGCUUUACAGUGCAGCGGCAACGUCAAUAUCAUAACGCUUGAUUGGGUCGAAACGCAAACGUACCCGUUUCCUGACAUGUCUGUGAAUCGGCAAUGUGUCAAUUUUGAGCGGCUGACGGCGUGGCGGAAAGAAAACACGAUUGACAUGGAUAAAUAUGUCCGGGUCAUGAAGAAGCCCGAGGGUAUAAGGGGACGUCCCAUGGCGGAUCAGUUCUACGCGUAUCAUAACUUGGACAACCCUAACCACCUCCAUGGCGCUAAUCUAGGUCAGGAUUUCAAUGUUUGA